CAGAAAGCUCUGAAGGGCUCCCAGUCGCAGGCUUCUGCAGUGUCCAGCACCCACCAUGAGGCCUCUGGUCCUGCUGUGGGGCUGCCUGGUGUUCCCAGGUUAUGAAGCCUUGAAGGGCCCAAAGGAGAUCAGUGGAUUUGAAGGUGACACCGUGUCCUUGCAGUGUACCUAUGAGGAGAAGAUGAAGGGCUACAGGAAGUAUUGGUGCCAGCAGGGUGGAAUCCUGCUGUCCCGCUGUGGUAACACUGUCUACACAAAUCAGGACCAGGAGGUGACUAGAGACAUGAUGUCCAUCCGAGACAGCCCCGAAGAGCUCUCGAUGACCGUGACCAUGAGGGACCUUACCCUGAAGGAUUCAGGGAAGUACUGGUGUGGGAUUGACAGACUGGGCCGGGAUAACACUUUUGAGGUCACCCUCAUUGUCUUUCCAGGAAAAAGGGACAGUGCUGUCCCUGCUGGCACCUGCUGUCCUUCUCCCCCCACCCCCUCCUUCCAGCCUCUUACACCCACAAGGAGCCUGCAGCCCAAGGCAAAAGCCUGGCAGACUCAGCUCCCAGGACUGACUUCUCCUGGUCUCCACCCGACAGUCGUCACGGCCAGACAGGGGAAGACAGGGGUCAAAGCCCCUGUAUUCACCGAGGCAGCCCCAGCCUGGUCUACAGGAACUUCCCAGGUUCCGCCAGGAACCUCUUCAUAUGCUGGGAGCCCUCCUCACACAGCAACCCCAGCCCGAUCUGCAGGAACCUCCCAGGUUCCCCCAGGAAUCUCUCCAUAUGCAGGGAGGUCUCCUCACACAGCGACCUCUCCUCACGCAGGGAGCUCCCGCCCAGCCAUCUGGCUGCCCAUCACACCGCAGGACUCCAGGGCUGCAGCCAGCAGUGUCUCCAAGCCCAGUGUGUCCAUCCCGAUGGUCCGCAUGAUGGCCCCAGUCCUGAUACUCUUGUCUCUGCUGUUGGCUGCCGGACUGAUUGCCUUUGGUACCCACAUGCUCCGGUGGAGAAGGAAAGCUUGGCUGGCCACAGAGACACAGAAGAAUGAGAAGGUCUACCUUGAAACCUCGCCGCCGGGGAUCAGCUGGACCCCUGAAGACUCCACGAUAGACCUUGCAGUGUCUCCUGAAUGUCUCAGAAAUCUGAACCCUUCUGCUGUGCCCUCUCCUGAGACACAGAACCUCAGCCAGUUUACCGAGGAAGAGGCAGCUUGUUCCCGGGAUGCUGAAGAGGACGUGAUGGCACCCCCUCCCCUGCAGAUGUCUGUGGAGGAACUGGCCUGCUCCGAGUUCAUCUCUGUGUAACUGCAGAAUGUCCCAUGGUCGGUCAGGCAUUGUGAAGCUGAACGGCUGAGUUCACAAAUUCUCGGGCUCUACUCACAGCCCUCGGCUCUGUCCACCUUCCUUCCGGCUUCCUUUCAUGCCCCAGAUGGAGAAGUGUCUGUGGACCCUGCAGCCCAGGAUGGUACUUAACAAUUCCAGACAGAAGCUGGAACCUCUCCGUAUAUUCUAGGCCCUGGAAAGAAUUAAUGGGUGUGGGCCUUCAGCAGGGCCUGGCAAGGCUCCAUAGAUGAGGGCUGAGCUUGUGUGUGGUCCAGGAAAUUCCCUGGGCAUGGGUGCCCAGCAACAGUCCCACCUCCGAUCCUCGGAUCCUACCUUCACCUCCCUCCAAUUCUCCUGCAUCAAGUACUGUGGAGAAGACAACCUAUGUGUGCCUAUGAAACACCUGCAUCCUGGCCCUUUGGAAAAUAAUUAAAAUGAAAUUCUGUAGACCCA